GUAUGUUUUGCGUGUCUUCUCUCUUGUUCUUGGCUUGUGUGUGACGCAAGAGGGUUUAGAGGACUGCGACCGCAACGUUAGAGUUGUUGUGGCCAAUCAUGUUUCAACGUUAGAUCACGCUGCUAUUGAUCUCAUCUUGCCAUCGGUUAUACCAAGUGUGUGGAAUCUUCCUUCUGUUUUGACGUGGCUGCUUGGGUUUAGGGAAAUGGGAGCCAAGCAGGGCAGGGACACUCUGAUUCAAACUGUAAAACAGCACUGCCUAACUCAUCAACUACCAAUUCUCAGCUUUCCAGAGGGUGCAGUUACUAAUGGAAGGCAUGGUUUACUUAAAUAUAGUUCUUGGUCUUUUUCCCUUGACCAGCCAGUUCAACCAGUUGUAGUGACAGCCAGACGGCCUUUUUUUGCUGUCAGCUUAGAAGUGUUGGGAAGUAGAUGGUGGCAAGAUAUUUGGUGGUUUUUCUUUGUACCUGUUACAGUUAUCCAUUUGAAAUUUUUACCAGUUGUUCAUAAAGAGGAGUCGGAAAGUGUAGAGGAUUUUGCCCGAAAAGUACAAACAAUAAUGGCGAAAAAAUUGAGUAUAUUGGCAACUAUUCAUACGAGUGCCGACAAAGUAGCAUAUGCAAAAAGAAUGCUCUUUCAACAUCCAUCAGGGGCAAGAUUAACAGCGAGCCCAUCACCUGUAGCAUCGUCAACAUCUUCAACACACCUUAGAAUGGCUAAGCAAGUUAAAGAGGUUCUAAUGGAUGUCCCCAUCCAUGUUAUAUUACAGGAUAUAGCUGAAACAAAUAGUGUUGAUCUAACAAUUUCAAAUAUCCUGGAAAAGAAAGUUACUUAUACACCUGAGACAAACCCACCCUCUUGUAGUGAAGCAACAGUAUCGUCAACGUCUAAAUUACCACCUAUAGUACCACCAGGGUCUGCCAAGUAUGCUGCAGCUGAAUUUAGUAGAAAUUCAAACGAACGAAUGAGAUCAUUUGAAGAAAGAAAAUCUGCUUUACUCGAUAAUGCUAGAAGACGGUACAAAGAAAAACAUGGGAUCAUGUAGCAGACAAGAUCAUGUAGCAGAAAAGAUCAUGUAGCAGGAGAGAGUAAACAUACCAGUGACAAGUCAUUUUACAUACAUUUGAAAUGUCCCUUAAAUAAAUUUUCUUAAAUUUUAGCAACAAAUUAUCUAAAAUAUUAAUUUAAUGUUUUUAUUUUCUAUAUUUACAUGACCUAUUUAAAGUUAUGAAAUAGUGAUGUGGUGGUACUCUUAAGCUGAGCACACUCUGAUAAAUUUAUAUCCGCACUGUGAUAAUAAUAUGUAGUUUUUUUUUAUAUAGCGCUCUACAUAACUCUCAGUGCUUUUCUACAUUUAUUACUCCAGUUGAAUGUCGCCUACGGGGUAAAUUCCAUAGUUUCCAUAUAUCAGCGCAUUUUGCACUUGAACCUUGUUAUGUACCCACUUAUACUCCUGGAUGGAGAGAGCAAUGCAGAUAAAGUACCUUACUCAAGGACACAGGCGAAAUGCACAGCAAGGGAAGGAAGCCCUAACCCAAAGGGGCUCUGCAAGUAUAAAACGACUUGACACCAUCUGCUGAUUGCCGAUGGCAGUGUUAGCAGAUCGUCAUUAAAAGUCAUUGGGCCUUGUCCCAUAGGAACA